AUGACAACCAAAGUCUCUCCUCCAUCAAAUGCACGGGGUAGUCCCCCAUCACUCGGCUAUCAGCCAGGCACACCAAGAGACACCGUCAAGGAUGAAGUCUCGCUUCCAGGCAUACCAUUGUUCCUCGAAGCCAGAUCCCAUGCGCUCACGGUUCCAAACAAGGCCGCUAUCAUUGACACGAGCCGAAACGAGACUUUUACCUAUCCGCAGCUCUUGAAUGAUGCUGCGAUGUUCAUGACGGAGAUACAAAAGCUUCUGCGGUCGUCCAACGAUCCGUCAAUAUUGCCCUCCGAGGAACCAAGAGUUGCAUAUCUGGUGCCUCCAGGAUACGAUUACGUGGUUGUACAAUGGGCCAUUUGGGCAGCUGGCGCAAUCUGUGUUCCGUUAUGCACUUCUCACCCGAUCAAAGAACUCCAACACACAAUAUCCGACUCGGAUCCCUCUCUAAUCAUUCUCUACCCAUCAUUCCAAAAAUUGAAAGGCGGUCUCCGAGCGCGAAGACCAGAAACCCCAAUUAUGGUCAUGACUCCAGUUCCGAAACUUCCGACCACCAAAUCCAUGUCAUUGACACUUCCUAGAUUCAGCGCCUCGUUUCCUUUGUCUCGUCGUGCCAUGAUGAUCUACACAUCUGGCACGACGUCCAGACCGAAAGGAUGCGUCACCACCCACUCAGCCACAACUUUCCAAACGCGCAGUUUGGUCGAAGCUUGGGGCUACAGUCGUGCCGACCACUUGAUCCACGUGCUUCCCUUACACCACGUCCACGGCAUAGUUAAUGGACUCACCGCAACCUUACUCGCCGGCGGGACCGUGGAAAUGCAUUCGACGUUCGACCCCAAAAUCGUCUGGGACAGGUGGUCCGAGAAGGGCUCCUCAACCAUGUUCAUGGCCGUCCCAACGGUCUAUGCACGCUUGAUCGAGUACUUCGACACACGUAUUCGCGGUGACCCAUUUGAGUCCGUUGCGCGAGAAGGCGCAAAAUCCCUGCGUCUCGUGGUAAGCGGAUCGGCCGCUCUUCCGGUGUCCAUAAAACGCAACUUCCAUGAGAUCACGGGCCACGAAUUACUCGAGCGCUACGGUAUGACAGAGGUAGGCAUGGCGUUGAGCUGUGGGUUGGACAGCAACAAACGCAUCGACGGCAGCGUGGGGUGGCCCUUGCCUGACGUGCAAGUUCGUCUGGUCGAUCCUGAAACUUCGAAGAUCAUCACGCUCUCAGGAAACGAGGAAGCCGCUGGGCUCCUCGAAAUCAAAGGUCCAAAUCUGUUCGCUGAGUACUUUCGACAACCGAGCGCAACGGCCGAGUCGUUUACACAGGACGGCUGGUUCAAGACUGGCGAUGUUGCCAGGCGAGACGCCGGUGGUGCGUACUUUAUCCUCGGUCGCGAGAGUGUGGACCUGAUUAAGAGCGGUGGAUACAAGAUUUCAGCUCUUGAAGUGGAAAAGAAGAUUCUGGGCAACGCAAGACUAUGUAGCAUCGUGGAUGAAGUUGUGGUGGUGGGUGUCAAUGAUGCCGACUGGGGCCAGAGAGUUGCUGCCAUCGUGAAAAUGAAGAUGAAGGACCGUGCUCAUGCGACUUCACCCAGGUCAGAUCCCGACCUCGACCUCGCCACGCUCCGCACCUGCCUCAGAGAAGACAUGGCUCCAUAUAAGAUGCCCACGAUAUUGAAAGUCGCAGAUUCCAUCGAGCGCAACGCCAUGGGGAAAGUUGAUAAGAAACAGAUCAUUAAGAAGCACUUUGGGCCGAAGCUGUAA